UUCAACGAAACUAACCCGUGUCGCAUUCCGUAAACAGAGCUCCUUGAGCAAACAGAUACAAAUUUAAAUUUUGUAAGUAAACUACAAAAUCAGAGUAGAUAAUCACACAUGAGUUCGAGCAAGAGAUUGGUGAAAAACGCAGCUGUGCAGACCUGGAAGACGAUGGCCGCAAGAUUCCCAGCCGGACGAAACUAUUUUCACGCCCAGGGAGGCGAUGAGGAAGGCGAACUGCCAGGACUAUCGCUUCCAUCUGACGGAGACGUACCCCUCGAUCCGUACACAAGUGUCACUCUGCAAUCCCAGCAAGAACUUCUUGGUUGGCCGACUCCUCGAGGCGGACGGCUGUGGGCGACCCUUCGACGUGGAUAAGGAAGACGUGCUGUUCCUGUGGCAACAAAGUCCUUGCAAGGACACGUUGGGUUACUAUGGCGUCGGCACGCGCAGUGAUCAGCCGGAGACGGUAAGGUUCAACAAGACGCUAAUGGCCAGCCUGAAAAAGGCCAACGUAAAGAACAGGAAGCAACGUUCUGCCAGGUCGGCAACGUCUCCGCCGUCAUCCUCGAAGAAGAAGAAUACCCUUCCAAAGAACUACGUUCCGCAGACGUGUCAGCCCUUCAUCCUCAACCGUGGGAUUUUGCAAACGGAGCUCCAGCAGAUGCCUAUCGUUCAGCAAAGGCUGAAUCCUCGUGCCGCCUUGGAGUCGAUCUUCUGCGAUGACCCAGUUGAUCCCUACGAUCCCUUAGGUGUAGGCCAGCAGGAAAAGAUGAUGUCUCCCGAGACAAAGCCCUUGACAUGGAACGACCUCCCAAAAAGAAACCUCAUGCUGCGUCGUCGUCACUGGUACUGCCCCCCGGUGAAGAGAAGCGGCGCUGGAGAGCAGAAUGCAUGCGCACAGUACGAGUGUGCGGAGUUCAAGCUCAAUCCGAGAAACAAAGAGUUUCAGCAAUGGCUCAGCGCGCAGAAGGAGGAAAAGAGUCCAGAGCCCAAGGACUACGAUCAACUGUACGAGAGGUUCCUCAAGUGCUUCGAGCAGGAACCCACGCCGGAUCCGCUCUGCAAGAUGUACAAGAUCUGCUGCGGGACAAAGUCAGGUGGCGACGAUGGUCAGGAAGGUGGCGAUACGCAGGGCGGUGGUGGCCAUGGUGGCCGUGGUGGCCGUGGAGGUGGACCCGGUGGCAAAGUGUGUAAAAAAGGGGAUGAAUCGGCUCUGACGGGGAACCAGAUGAAACGGGGAACAAAUAAAAAAGAAGCGGAGAAGGACAAGACUAAGAAGCCGGACAAGGAGAAGAAGGUCAAGGAAAAGAUGAAGGAAAAGGCCAGAGUCAGUGGUGAAGAUAAAACGUGCAAGCGUUGUCCGCCCCCAGGAUGCCCCUGCGAGAUCUGUGAAUUCAUGUUUCGUUGUCACGGAAAGCCGGAUGCCCCCUUCAUCCGGGAUAUGAUGCGGGCGGAUAAGAAUCGCCAGCUCCGGGCCUAUUAUCGUCAGAUGUGCCACCGGGAGUACAUCCGUAAUUGUUGCCGGGAGGAUCUUCGUGCUCCGUUCCAUAAAUGCGACCCCAUCACCUGCGACAAUAUCUUCUGCAAAAACCCACAUCUCGCCCAGCACUGCGAGUGCCUGGAGGCGGUUCAGGAUCUGCAAAAGCUUCUCAAGGCGCGCGGUGACCAACAACUGCUCCAUCGCGUUGAAAACUUGCGCCAGCGCAUUACACAGCGCAUGUGCGACUGCUUCCUAACUUAAAUCGGUAGGGAGCUCAUAUGUGUCUCUUAGAAAUCGUCUUUGGUUUAAUC